UUUGUAACAGAUGUGAUGGAGAUUACUCCACAUCUUCUCGAGUUUGAAAAGGCAGUUGAGAUUUUGAUGCGUCAUCAUCUCUUUGUGCAAGAUUGCAGCAGUAAAGUCACAGUGUUGUACAACACUGGCAAACCAGGAGACAAUACCUUUACAUCUCUGUGUCAGUUGUCAUCAUCUAACAAAACUUGUUUGGCUAACUCUAUGACAAUGACUCUUUUGGACGACUUUGUUUGCAUCCAAACUUCUCAUAUCUGUCGAUUUGGCCUGCUGUGUGAAGGUGCAAAGUAUAUUGAAAUCUGGGCAUCAUUACAUACCUUCAAGAUUCCACACCCUAAACAGUUUAUUAUUACGAUGUACCUUACACCUGAUCUGCCUGACCCUAAUAAUAAAUUUAUUUACUCUGCGUGUGGCGAAUUAGAAUGCAGAUAUUCUAAACUGCUGACAUUGACUUGUAAGGAUGAAGAAGACUUAAAGGUGGAGGUUCGGAUUCCCCAAGACACAAAAGGUUGGAGACCUAGGGAAGAUUCAGAUCGGAUGCAGACAAUUUCUUACAGAAACAUUCAAAACUUGGUUGUUCAGGCUAGGCCAUAUAUGAGCAGAGAAUUUUGUUUUCUAAAAGACAAAACAUCAAAUGUUGAUGUAAAAGAUCUCGCUCCUGUAUUUGUGUUUAAUAAUGAUGAUCGAUGCACGCUACCUUCAUCAAUCUAUUGCUCAGAGUCUGACUGGGGUUCAGUUUUAAGUACCAGUUUGAAGGCAAAUGUUUCAGACACAUCCGGAAUCAAAACAACUGAUAUGAAUGGUCUUAACUUGAAGGAUGCUAGCAGUUUGCAAUCAUCUGAAGAAACGACUUUUGAGAACAUCUGUUAUGAUGAAUCAAGCUCUCUUAACUAUCAGAAGCCAGAUGGCGGAGCUUCUAUAGGGCCAACUGUUUCACCCGUCGGCGGUGAUAGUCGUAUCUUUGGCAUGCCACACGGCCGACAUGCUAACAGCCCGCAAAGACCUGUUACUGACUUUAGGUCUGUUCCUGCAAGCCUUACAGCGCUCAGACAAGAUGUUCCCCUAUCUUCAUCGGUUUUAUCCGACUCUAGACGGACUCGUCAACGCGAUGGCUUAGAUCGUCCUGUUACGAACAGGGACAUUGCCUUUCUGUCGGGAUGUUAUCAGGUUGCUGAGAAGCCACGGCAAGUCGGAUGGCUAAUGUUACAAGAAUUUGGAUACUCUGCAAAGGACAUCGACUCAUUUUUGAAAGAUAUGCCACAUUACGAAAAUUCUGUAAAAAUUAUUCAUGUUAUUGGAAAAUGGAUUGAAUUGAAGGACAAUAGAGCUACUGCAAGAGAAUUGGUUAAUAUCUGCUGUCAUAACUCAGUCUGCGUUGACAGGUGGUAUAUCGAAAAUUCUCUUACGUCUACUUUUUUCUUCGACGGCUUUGUCCAUGGUGGGAUUGAUGGCGACUCUGCAGAUGAAGCGACUGCGUCGGCAACAUUGAAUUCAGAGUUUAAUGGUGUCGGUGCUGAUCAAGUCGAAACCGGACAAUCGUCAGGGUCAUCCAAAGUCAAUUCGACUGUACAAGUGGCAGAUAUCAGUGGCGGUAAUAGUGAAUUAGAGCCCAUUCUAGGUACUCAAGGCUGGAAGUACGACGUAUUUUUGUGUCAUGCCGGUGAAGACAAAAUAGAAUUCGUCAAUCCUCUAAACGAGGAGAUGAGAAAGAAUCAUAAGAUUGUUUCAUUUUUCGAUGCUGCUUCAUUGUCAGCGGGACGCAUGGCACAGACAGACAUUGCCGAAGCCAUCAUACGGUCUCCUCUAUUUGUCGUUAUACUCAGCCAUAAAUUUAAAGGAAAACGUUACCCUACAGCAGAAGUAAAAGCAGCACUUGAAUUCAACGAUCAUGGACCUGAAUCCUUUGAAUUUAAUUCACCUUACAAGAAGGUCAUACCAGUCUUUUACAAGCUUACACCCGGUGAAUGCAGCGAAAGUGAUAUCAAAAUUUUAAACAUAUUAGCUGGAAUUACUGGCUAUGAGAAGAAACAGAAUGAAGACAUUGAAACAUUUGUGACUUAUGUUGCCCAGAAAAUUGGAAAACAUGUUAAAGACGAAAAAGAAAGACCUGCGGUGAAGCCCCUUCCGGAAAUGUCACUUGUUCGUACUCGGAUAAAAGAGAUCUUCGACGAAUUUAAGAAAAGGACCUAGUAGGAGAUUGCAAUUUGCUGAGGCAAUAGCUGGUCGAUACAGUAGUUUGAUAUAUAUUCAAAUUUUUUACAUGUACAGUAACAACUACUAUUUUCCGAGAUUACUUGCAUAGAGCAAUUUGAUGUGCUGUUUGUUGAACGC